AUGGUGUCUAAAAAGGGAAAGGCAGGUGAUUCGGGGAUGAUCGUGAUAUUUCAAAUGGAUUUAGUGAGAAGAAACUGCAACUCCACCCACUCCUUCUACGACACCGUCUACAACAAUGUCUACACCUUCAACAACGCUGACUACAUCAUCAUCUUCCACCGCAACGCUGCCAACUAUAUCGACACCUACCACUCCUUCAACUACAUCGUCUACUACGAUGUCUACACCUUCAACAACGAAGUCUACGUCGUCAUCUUCGACAAUAACACUUCCAACCAUAACGACGCCAACCACUCCUUCUACAACACCAUCUACCACGAUGUCUACACCUUCAACAACGAAGUCUACGUCGUCAUCUUCGACAAUAACACUUCCAACCAUAACGACGCCAACCACUCCUUCUACAACACCGUCUACCACGAUGUCUACACCUUCAACAACGAAGUCUACGUCGUCAUCUUCGACAAUCACACUUCCAACCAUAACGACGCCAACCACUCCUUCUACAACACCAUCUACCACGAUGUCUACACCUUCAACAACGAAGUCUACGUCGUCAUCUUCGACAAUAACACUUCCAACCAUAACGACGCCAACCACUCCUUCUACUACACCGUCUACUACGAUGUCUACACCUUCAACAACGAAGUCUACGUCGUCAUCUUCGACAAUAACACUUCCAACCAUAACGACGCCAACAACUCCUUCUACUACACCGUCUACUACGAUGUCUACACCUUCAACAACGAAUCUACGUUGUCAUCUUCGACAAUAACACUUCCAACCAUAACGACGCCAACAAUUCCUUCUACAACACCAUCUACCACGAUGUCUACACCUUCAACAACGAAGUCUACGUCGUCAUCUUCCACAAUAACACUUCCUACCAUAACGACGCCAACAACUCCUUCUACAACACCAUCUACCACGAUGUCUACACCUUCAACAACGAAGUCUACGUCGUCAUCUUCGACAAUCACACUUCCAACCAUAACGACGCCAACCACUCCUUCUACAACACCGCCUACCACGAUGUCUACACCUUCAACAACAAUGUCUACGUCAUCUUCGACAAUCACACUUCCAACCAUAACGACGCCAACCACUCCUUCAACAACACCAUCUACCACGAUGUCUACACCUUCAACAACAAUGUCUACGUCAUCUUCGACAAUAACACUUCCAACCAUAACGACGCCAACCACUCCUUCUACAACACCGUCUACCACGAUGUCUACACCUUCAACAAUAAUGUCUACGUCAUCUUCGACAAUAACACUUCCAACCAUAACGACGCCAACCACUCCUUCUACAACACCGUCUACCACGAUCUUCGUCGUCAUCAUCUUCUACAAUAACACUUCCAACGGAAAUGACGCCAAGCACUCCUUCUACGACACCAUCUACACCUUCAACAACGAAGUCUACGUCGUCAUCUUCUACGCUAACACUUCCAACCAUAAUGACGCCCACUACUCCUUCUACAACUCCGAGCACUCCAUCUACCACGAUGUCCACAUCCUCUACUACAGCUUCGUCGUCAUCAUCUUCUACAAUAACACUUCCAACGGAAAUGACGCCAACCACUCCUUCUACGACACCGUCUACACCUUCAACAACGAAGUCUACGUCGUCAUCUUCUACAGUAACACUUCCAACCAUAAUGACGCCAACUACUCCUUCUACAACACCGAGCACUCCAUCUACCACGAUGUCCACAUCCUCUACUACAGCUUCGUCGUCAUCAUCUUCUACAAUAACACUUCCAACGGAAAUGACGCCAAGCACUCCUUCUACGACACCGUCUACACCUUCAACAACGAAGUCUACGUCGUCAUCUUCUACAGUAACACUUCCAACCAUAACGACGCCCACUACUCCUUCUACAACACCGAGCACUCCAUCUACCACGAUGUCCACAUCCUCUACUACAGCUUCGUCGUCAUCAUCUUCUACAAUAACACUUCCAACGGAAAUGACGCCAACCACUCCUUCUACGACACCGUCUACACCUUCAACAACGAAGUCUACGUCGUCAUCUUCUACAGUAACACUUCCAACCAUAAUGACGCCAACUACUCCUUCUACAACACCGAGCACUCCAUCUACCACGAUGUCCACAUCUUCUACUACAGCUUCGUCGUCAUCAUCUUCUACAAUAACACUUCCAACGGAAAUGACGCCAAGCACUCCUUCUACGACACCGUCUACACCUUCAACAACGAAGUCUACGUCGUCAUCUUCUACAGUAACACUUCCAACCAUAAUGACGCCCACUACUCCUUCUACAACUCCGAGCACUCCAUCUACCACGAUGUCCACAUCCUCUACUACAGCUUCGUCGUCAUCAUCUUCUACAAUAACACUUCCAACGGAAAUGACGCCAACCACUCCUUCUACGACACCGUCUACACCUUCAACAACGAAGUCUACGUCGACAUCUUCUACAGUAACACUUCCAACCAUAAUGACGCCCACUACUCCUUCUACAACACCGAGCACUCCAUCUACCACGAUGUCCACAUCCUCUACUACAGCAUCAACGUCAACAUCUUCCCCAAUUACAUUACCAACUUUGCCGUCUUCAACUACAUCGCGAACACCUGCAACAACGACACCAACCACCACUAA